GCUCAUGUCUCUCGGCACUUGGGGGCUUCAUUCUCAUCCUCACAUUUAAUCUAGAACUCUUGGGGAAUAUUGGCAACAAGCAACAUAUUCGUCAUCGUGAGACACCUGACGUCUCGCCAAGGUAGACCCUGCCGCUGUAGAUAGCUUAGUGAAAAGAUGCGACUACUCUCUGUUCGGGGAGUGUCGCAUGCAACCACGGGCAUCACCAAGACCAAAAGACGCAAUCUGCUCGGACGGCUUCGCUUGGUCAACCGGCCUCGCCGAAGCCUUAUUUCUUAGAGCUUCACCGCUGAGCAAAGCUACCCUUCCCCUCAUCAACUGCAGCCCUACGAGGAGACUUGUUAGAGUCUGACUGUCAUCAAACGGCGGAGCUCCAAUUCAUCUCCCUAACUCUCAUCUCCGCAAUUUUCGCAACCACAGCCAACGGAUGCCGUACCACAUGUUGAUCAUGGUCUUGGGCUUGUGUCUCGAUUGCAUUUGCAUCUGCAUCUGCGUCUUCAGCCCACGGAGGAGAUGCACUGAUUUGGAAAUGGCGGACCGAGGACACAGAGCACAAGCUGUCUUGUCAGGCAGCCUUGUAGUGUACCUUGUGCCUGUCUCUCUCUAUCUGUACUGUUACCUGUGCUUCAAUCAAUCACUCACUCACUGUUGGUUACUGCUCAUUCCAGCUCCGAUGCAGUGGACCAGCCCUUUUUUAUCGUUCUGAGCUACCCGCUGUGUCUUGCAUCCCAGUCAUCACCUUGAACUGUCGCUCGGUAACACGGCGCAUCUCUCAUCUUCUGAUCAACGACUGACCACGCAAUGGCAAUGGCGAUGCCUCGAAUGGAACCCAUUGGAGUAUUCUCUUUCGAGCAUUUUGCCUUUCUUGAUAGUCCGGACUUAAACAAGUUAAUUACGUACACAUGAUCGGACUUAACAGCCAUCACGAC